AUGUCACGACAAAUUACUGUCGAUGAUAUUCCAAAGGCAGUCUUGGUGGGCAACCCGCUGCUCUACUUCACCACCGGCUUUGUGAGUCUCUGUGUCUUUCUUUUCGGAUACGAUCAGGGUUAUUUCAGCUCGAUUUUGACCAAUCACUAUUUCAAAGAGUAUUUCAACUAUCCAACGGCUGUGGAAAUCGGUACUGUCGUGGCAAUUCUGGAAAUUGGCGCUCUGAUUUCAUCGCUGAGUCUGGGCCCCAUUUCUGAUAAGCUCGGACGCAGAAAAACCACCCGGCUCGGUGCUCUGGUAUUCUGCAUUGGAGGCACGGUCCAGUCGUGUUCCAAGUCGGUGUUCCAUCUUGCCAUUGGCCGUUUCAUCUCUGGCAUUGGCGUUGGGUUUCUGUCCGGCACAGCACCCUCGUUCCAAGCAGAGAUCUCUGCUCCCGAGAACCGUGGCCUACUGGGGUCUGCACAGUUUACUGGCAACAUCAUGGGCUAUGCCUCGUCGAUCUGGAUCGACUACGGCUGCAGCUUCAUCGAAAACAACCUUUCCUUCCGAAUCCCACUCAUGUUGCAAGUCGUCUUUGGUUCGAUCCUAUUUUUCGGUACCUUUGCGCUGGUGGAAAGUCCUAGAUGGCUGCUAGAGCACGACCACGACGCAGAGGGGCUCGUUGUCAUUGCCGAUCUGUUUUCAGGUGGUCACGUGCACAGCGACAGAGCACGUGAGGAGUACAAGGCCAUCAAAGAGUCUGUUCUGAUAGGCCGUCUAGAGGGGAGUCUCAGCUAUCUCGAUGUCUUUAGAAAAUACCCUAGACGGAUAUUCAUGGCUAUGAGUUCGCAGAUGUUUGCGCAGUUCAAUGGUAUCAACGUGAUAUCAUAUUACGCUCCGCUGGUAAAUGCCAUCUUGCUCACCGGUAUCAAUGCCAUUUUGUAUGUUCUCAGCAGCAUUCCGCCAUGGUAUCUGACAGAGGCAUGGGGCCGCAAGCCGGUACUGAUCAUGGGAGGACUGGUUAUGGGGGUCAGCUUGUGUGCAGUCUCGUACUUUAGCAAGUCUGAGACAUCCAAUAGCGCUACCAUGGUUGUCGUUUUCGUCAUGAUCUACAACUCGUUCUUCGGCUGCAGUUGGGGCCCCGUCGGCUGGCUGAACGUUGAGGUGCUGCCUACUAAGGCCCGUGCCUCCGGAGCUGCCAUGGCCACGGCCACAAACUGGCUGUGCAACUUCAUUGUCGGGGAGCUUGCACCGAUCCUGCUCGAAAAAAUUAAGUGGAGGCUUUACCUCAUCCACGCCACCUCGUGCUUCAUCUCAGUCGUCACUGUGUGGCUUGUGUUUCCAGAAACCAAAGGCCUGAGUCUCGAAGAAAUGGAUAGCAUUUUUGACGACAGGUCGUCGGUGUACUCAACGCACUCCGGCAAUCUCUCCGGCUUUGGAUCCACCAACGACUUGGAGGCCUGGAGCAGCAGGUCGGGAAUGAUCACGGGCCACGCUCCGCAGGCUGCAAGACACCCCGGCGCUCAGGAGUCAAACCCACUGCUGCCAAACAACAAGCCGUUCAUCUUGCCUCAGGAUAUCGAGCCACCAGACCUGGCUACCAUCUACAAGUUCAAAACAGACGACUCGCACUCUCUGCGCGGCUCGCUGCGCAAGGGAUCAGAGGCGAUCCAACAAUGACGAAGCAAGCAUGGCGUCCGACGCGGUGUCCGAAAGGUUUAUAAAUACUUCACAUUGAUUACGCUGCUACCCGUCUAUAACAUGCGACAAAUUUGUCACCAUUGUUGCGUGCCACUUUCUUUCCUUCCUCGGUCGACUCGCGCAUGAUGGCCACACAAGGGUCUUGAUCCUCCCAUUCUUUGGAAAGGCG